UUUUCGAGGGGAGUGAUUAUGCCUUACAAUCCAGUUGAGAAAGGAACAGGCUGCUGCAUGCCAUUAGGCAUGCUGUAAACUGUACUAAACCAGGUCACUGUUUUUGAUAAUGCUGCUUAGAACUUGAGAUGUAAGCUCACAUUCAGAUAAGAACCAGUAGAUAAGAAAAGAUGUGCAGCACAUUCAGCCCAAAGGAGCCCGGGCCAAGCCUGUCUGAUGUGCAUCAGUAUAGUCAGUGGCUGGCGAGCAGGCAUGAAGCUAGUUUAUUACCAAUGAAGGAAGACUUGGCUCUAUGGUUGACAAAUUUACUAGGGAAAGAGAUCACUGCAGAAAGUUUUAUGGAAAAGCUGGAUAAUGGAGCACUGCUCUGCCAGCUGGCACAAGCAUUACAGGAGAAAUUCAAAGAAAACAGCAGUGAAAACAAAGCUGCCAAGCAUCUGCUUCCAAAGAAAAUUCCUUGCAAAGCAAAUGCCCCUUCGGGAUCUUUCUUUGCCCGUGACAAUACUGCGAAUUUCCUCGCCUGGUGUAGAGAAGUAGGGGUGGAUGAUACUUUUCUUUUUGAGUCGGAAGGUUUAGUCCUUCAUAAACAACCCAGAGAAGUAUGUCUGUGUUUGCUGGAAUUGGGAAGAAUUGCUUCCAGAUUUGGAGUAGAGCCAUCAGGAUUGGUCAAACUGGAAAAAGAAAUCGAACAGGAAGAGUCCCAUUCGGCACCUCCCCCAUCUCCAACUCCAACUAAAUCGCCUGGAAAGAAGAGUGCAGGAAAGUUAUUGGAUGAUGCAGUGAAACAAAUUUCAGAAGAUCCACCUUGUAAAUGUCCAAAUAAGUUUUCGGUGGAACGUCUCUCGCAAGGACGAUAUCGUGUUGGAGAAAAGAUCCUAUUCAUUCGGAUGCUGCACAAUAAACAUGUCAUGGUUCGUGUCGGAGGGGGAUGGGAGACAUUUGAAGGCUACCUCCUGAAACAUGAUCCCUGCCGGAUGCUACAGAUUUCCAGAGUGGAUGGCAAGACCUCUCCAGUCCCAAACAAGUCCCAGAAUAUUAAAGACCUGAGCCCUGAUAGCUACCUUGUGGUAGCUGCCCAUUACAGAAGCAGACGAGAAAGUACAACUAAUAACAGUGGUAACUGGGGAACAAAGUGAACAUGCAGUAUGUGCUUUUAUUUUGAACCAGUGAUCCAAUAUAUCAAAACUCAAGCAGAUCAACAAUAAUCUAAUUCAAUCACUAAGAUCUCUUUGGGUUUUUUUUAAAUGAACCCAAAUAGUGUGGGGGACAAAAGAAAACUAUAGACUAUUGCCAGACUGAGGGAAUGGUAUAAGGUAGACUUCUAGGAUAGUAAUGCUUACAAUAAAUUGAUGCAGAGCUUCAAUUAUUUCAACUUCACUUUAGGCAAAUUCAUUGACUGGAAGGAGGUAACAGUACAAUAGUGAUGACAGAUGCUCUCCAAUUUGCUAAGCUUUUGCAUAUCCUUCUCUUAUAUCCAUGCUAUUCAGUGACUGUGUUAAACACAAUACUAUUGGUAUAAGUGAAGCAAUGACAAUAUACCAAACAGGAAGAGCCAAGUACAUUGCAAAUCAUCAGCGAAUAUUGACUGGAACGUUUCCAAAUUGCUAAGGAGAAUAAACUUCCAUGCCUCUAUUCUGCCAUCCAUA